GGUAGUGACAGACAUCAGGACUGACUGGGCAGCUCUGGUCAGUGUGGCUGGAUGCUCUUGUCUCGCUGGAUGCUAAAGAGGAGUUGCUGGCCUACUGUGAACAGUAGUUUUUGGGAAGAUCCAGUCGUAGCACUCAGAGGUUAAUGUGCUGGGGUGUGUUAUCUUCUGACAUACCUAUGACAGUGUCUGAUGAAGCAGCAGUGAAUACACCUUGUCUUUCUAUUGGCUGACUGACUCCUUCUAUAGAGCCUGAGGCUGAAGAUUAUCUGACUUUGGUGAAUGUACACAGCACUCACCUCAACCGCACCAGAGAUGAACGCCAGCAUCAUGCCUAAGCAAGUGGAGGUGAGGAUGCACGAAAGUCACCUGGAGCCCAUCGAGACCAGGCCCAGGAACAAGUGUAUCAGCUGCUUCGCUUCUCUCUUCAAGAACCUGCUGCUCACACUCACUGUGCUCGGUGUGAUUCUGGGGGCUGUGUCUGGGAUGCUGCUUCGUUAUGCCUCUCCCAUCCACCCGGACAUCGUCAUGGUGAUUGCCUUCCCUGGAGACAUCCUGAUGAGGAUGCUGAAGAUGUUGAUCCUGCCUCUCAUCAUCUCCAGUUUAAUCACAGGUCUGGCUGGUCUAGAUGCCAAGUCUAGCGGUCGCCUGGGCACCAGGGCAAUGGUCUACUACAUGUCCACCACGGUGAUUGCUGCAGUGCUGGGAGUCAUCCUGGUGCUGGUCAUCCACCCUGGAGACCCCAAGAUGAAGGAGCAGCUGGGAGAUGGCCAAAAGCACGAUGAUGUGUCCAGCCUGGAUGCCUUCUUUGACCUCAUCAGGAACCUGUUCCCUGAGAACCUGGUGCAGGCCUGCUUCCAGCAGAUCCAAACGGUCACUAAGAAGGUGGAGAAGGUGAUUGAGGAAGAUGUCAAUGCCACCACCACCUUGGAGGGCCUCCUGUCCAACGCCACCAAGGAACCUGAGUUCAUCAUCAAGAAGUCCCUCCAGUUCAAGAGUGGCAUGAACGUGUUAGGAGUGAUUGGCUUCUUCAUUGCCUUCGGCAUCUGCAUGGGGAAGAUGGGAGAGAGGGCCAAGCUCAUGCUGGAGUUCUUCAACAUCCUCAACGAGAUUGUUAUGAACCUGGUCAUCAUGAUCAUGUGGUACUCUCCCUUCGGUAUCUGCUGCCUGAUCUGUGGUAAGAUCAUCUCCAUCGAUGACCUGGAGGUGGUUGCUAGGCAGCUGGGGAUGUACAUGGUGACUGUGAUCGUGGGCUUGAUCAUCCACGGGGCCAUCUUCCUGCCUGCCAUCUACUUUGCCAUUGUCAGGAAAAACCCCUACACCUUCUUCAUGGGCAUCUUCCAGGCCUGGAUCACUGCCUUGGGGACAGCCUCCAGUGCUGGUACACUGCCUGUCACCUUCCGUUGCCUGGAAGAAAACUUGGGCAUUGAUAAGAGAGUCACCCGUUUUGUGCUCCCCGUCGGCGCCACCAUCAACAUGGAUGGAACUGCCCUUUACGAGGCCGUGGCAGCCAUCUUUAUCGCCCAGAUGAACAACAUCUACCUGGAUGCUGGUCAGAUCGUCACUGUCAGUCUGACUGCUACCCUGGCCAGUGUUGGUGCGGCCAGUAUUCCCAGUGCUGGACUGGUGACUAUGCUUCUGAUCCUCACUGCAGUCGGCCUGCCAACUCAGGACAUCAGUCUGCUGGUUGCUGUUGACUGGCUCCUGGACCGGUUCCGUACCUCUGUGAAUGUGGUGGGAGACUCGUACGGCGCGGGUAUCGUGUACCACCUGUCCAAGGCUGAGCUGGAUGAGCUGGACGCUACACAUGGCAAGUCGGACGACAUCGAGAUGAUGAACAAGACCUCAUCCUACUAUGAUGACCUCAAGAACCACCACGAAAACAACUCCAACCAGUGCGUCCAGUAUGCCGCUCACAAUUCAGUCGUAGUAGAUGAGUGCAAGGUAACCUCGGCCACUAACGGCUCUACUGCUGCGGCGGCCAUGGCGGAGUGCACACUUGUUGAGGAGGAACCCCGGAAAAGUGAAUAAAGCCUGGCGCACAGACCCCCAGCUCCACAGGCUUUCCUAUCUGGUGAAAAAAUGAGUGAAUGAAAAAAAAGAGUCAUGCGAACAGAACUACUAAUUGUUUUUCUUAUGUAGUUUUAUUUUGCAUUUUUAUUAGUCCUUUUACAGUGUUUCUAACCAUCUAUCUGACUGACUGAGAUGAAUAAUACUAGUUAACUUAUCAGUGAGACGAUAACAGAGGUAUGUUUUACCUGUUAGAACACUAAUAUGUGCAUCAUAGCAAACACUUGAACAACGGACAUCAGGCUUGGGAGGGAGGGUGGGAAGAGAA